AAAUGCAAUCACCAUACCAUACCCAUGUGCACCCCUCUUUCUUUAUUUUCUUAUCCUCUAUAAAUCCCAAUCCUCAAACCUCUCACCUCAACACACAACCUCAAUAACUUUAUAUCAGCACUUCACAACUUCUCUUAUACUCUCUUAAAAAAAAACUCAAUCUAAAGAUAGUAACAUAUCCCAAAAACAAAAACACCCCUUUUCUCUUUUUCAAUCAAGUUUCACCUAAAAAUCUUCUCUUUUUUCAAUUACAAAUCGUGGGUCUUUGUUAAUUCAUCAUUUGAUUUUCGUUUUCACUCUCUAAUUUCAAGUUUUCUAAAUUUCUUGUAUGAUGGAGCUUAUUUCGGGUCUACCCGAAGACGUAGCCCGAGACUGUCUAAUUCGGGUUUCAUACCAACAGUUUCCGGCGGUGGCUUCGAUAUGUAAAGGGUGGAAGAAAGAGAUACAUACACCGGAGUAUCACCGUCAACGGAGGAGAACAGGACAUGCUCAAAAGGUUUUAGUUAUGGUUCAAGCACGUGUUGAACCGGAGAAAACAGAAACCGGUUCGACUAAAAGACUUACAAACCCGGUUUACCGGCUUAGUGUAUUUGAACCGGAAACUUGUAGCUGGAGUGAGUUACCAGCGCCACCCGGUUAUAGUUCAGGGUUACCGGUGAUGUGUCAGUUAGCAUGCGUGGGUUAUGAUCUUGUCGUGUUGGGUGGGUUAGAUCCGGAAUCAUGGAAAGCAUCGAAUUCUGUGUUUGUUUAUAAUUUCUUGUCGGCGAAGUGGCGUUGUGGGACCCACAUGCCAGGUGGAGCUAGAACGUUUUUCGGUUGCUCGUCGGAUGGUUGCCGGAAUGUUUUUGUCGCCGGUGGUCAUGAUGAUGAGAAAAACGCGCUGAGGUCGGCGUUGGUUUAUGAUGUUGUGGCGGAUGAGUGGGUUGAGCUUCCGGAGAUGUCGUCGGAGCGUGAUGAGUGUAAGGCGGUGUUCCUCCGUGGGAGGUUUGCGGUCGUCGGUGGUUACAAAACGGAGAAUCAAGGGAGAUUUGAAAGAAGCGCGGAAGCGUUCGAUUUUAUGACGUGGAAGUGGGGUCAAGUUGAGGAAGAGUUUUUGGAUUGUGCCACGUGUCCUAUGACUUUGGUUGACGGUGGAGAUGGUGGUGAGAGUGUUUAUAUGUGUUGUGGCGGGGAGUUAGUUGCGAUGAGGAGUCACACGUGGCAGAAGAUGGGGAAUGUUCCGGAUGAGAUACGCAACGUGGCGUAUGUUGGAGCGUUCGAUGGGUUUGUGGUUGUGAUUGGAUCAAGUGGAUAUGGGGAAGUGCAUAUGGGUUAUGUUUUUGAUGUGAUGAGAUGUAAUUGGAGAAAACUGGAUUAUCCAGAUGGGUUUAAGGGACAUGUCCAAACCGGUUGUGUUUUAGAAAUUUAGGGGUUUGGUUUUUGAAUUUUGAAUUCUACACUCAAUGACAUUUUGGAAUAGUGGAAAUUUAAGUAACAUUGUAAAAUUAAAUUGAAGCGAAUUUUGGAAAUCAAAAAUUUGUCUA